CUACGGACUGUUGAGUGUCGAAAAAAGGUGCGCCUAGAGAAGACGGCCUUUAAGCCUGUCAGCGGUGGGCUGCAGCUGUUAGUAAACUGCGACAAACUGCUGGUGGCAACUGGCCUUGAUGGUGUCGACGGUGGUGAUUUCGCAGACCUCGGGGCGGAUACCGAAAAAGGCCCUGAGUGUGGUGACUUUAUAAAGAUAUGGGACAAGAGGUGA